GGAGGAGACGGGAGCACGGAGAGAGGAGAGAUAGAGGGAAGGUGGAAGGUGGAAGGGAAGAAUCGGGUUUAAUUUAAGAAAGAGGGAAGCGUGAAGGAUUCCUAUAAAGGGUAGUUUGCCCGAUACGGGGGAAAAGGGAGGGUGGAGACCUCGAAAUCAGAGUGAUGGCUGAGACGAGAACGUCUUCGUUUGGAAGCCUCUAUGACAACUCUUCGCUCCUUCAGUACUGCAACGAUGACAACCUGUCUGCCAGCAGCUCCAUGGAGGUGGAUGACCGGCUCUCGUACCUGGAGCAGAGGGUGCAGCUGCAGGAGGAUGAGAUCCAGCUGCUGAAGGCGGCUCUGGCUGAUGUGCUGAGGAGGCUGGGCAGCUGUGAGGAGCAGAGCCAGGGCUUCGGCAAGAGAGGGGGACCCACGAAAGUUCGUCAGAUACUCCAGGCCUUACCAUCCAAGCCCUUCUGCAAUGGGUAUCUACCACAGAAAAGAAUGGGGGGAUACCCCUCCUCCCCAUCCUCCCCCAAGAAAGAAAUGGUACUUUCUGGGAAAAGUCUUGGAAGAAGCUAUUCCAUAGAGCGCCUGUCCUCUGUGAAGAGGGAGGGGUCUGGGGAUUCACGAAGCCGGACCACCUCCUCCAGCAGCUCCUCCAGUGGCAAGAAAGACUGCAAAACCAAAGAGCCUGUCUUCAGUGCUGAUGACGGCUACGUGAAGAUGUUUCUCCACGGUCGUCCCGUCACUAUGCACCUCCCUGACGGACUCAAAGGCAGCUACAGCUUGGAGACCAAAGCGGAGCUGCCCGAGCAGAAACUCAAACUCCAGUGGGUUUAUGGUUACCGAGGGAGAGACUGUCGGUCGAACCUGUAUCUCCUGCCCACGGGAGAGACCAUCUACUUCAUCGCCUCGGUGGUGGUGCUGUACAACGUGGAGGAAGAGCAGCAGAGGCACUACCUGGGGCACAACGAUGACGUCAAGUGCUUGGCUGUCCACCCUGAUAUGGUCACCAUAGCGACGGGACAAGUUGCAGGAACCUCCAAAGAUGGCAAGCAAUUGCCCCCUCAUGUGCGCGUGUGGGACUCAGUCAGUCUGAACACUCUUCAUGUUGUGGGGAUGGGAGUCUUUGAUCGUGCCGUAACCUGUGUGGGAUUCUCCAAGUCUAACGGAGGGACCCAUCUGUGUGCGGUCGACGAUGCCAACGAUCACAUCAUGUCUGUGUGGGAGUGGCAGAAAGAGAAGAAGCUGGCUGAAGUGAAGUGCUCCAAUGACUCUGUGCUGUCUGCAAACUUUCACCCCAUGGAUUCGAACCUCAUUCUGACCUGCGGGAAAUCUCACCUCAACUUCUGGACCAUAGAGGACAGCACUCUGACCAAACGACAGGGCCUGUUUGAUAAACACGAGAAGCCAAAGUACGUGCUGUGCAUUGCCUUUGCGGAGAACGGAGACGCCAUCACUGGGGACUCCAGUGGGAACAUGUGCAUCUGGGGGAAAGGGGGUAACCGGAUCAGCCACACGGUCCCUGGUGCUCACGAAGGGGGGAUCUUCGCGCUGUGCGUGCUGAAGGACGGGACCCUGGUGUCGGGAGGAGGGAAGGACAGGAGAGUGGUCCUGUGGGACCGGGAAUAUCAACAGCAACAGGAGCUGGAGGUCCCCGAGAUGUUUGGGCCAGUCCGCUCCUUGGCGGAGGGGAAGUCCGACAGCCUGUUUGUGGGAACGACUCGGAACGCUGUCCUUCAGGGGUCCUUCUCCGGAGAGCUCAGCCCUGUCGUGCAGGGUCACAUGGAUGAGCUCUGGGGGCUGGACUCCCACCCUAGCAUGGAGCAGUUUGUGACCUGUGGCCACGACAAGGUUGUCCACCUGUGGGACGUGGCCACCCACAAGCCCCUUUGGACCAAACUGAUUGAGGAUGGGGCCCGAUCAGCAGGUUUCCAUCCCAGCGGAUUGGUGGUUGCCGUGGGAACAGUGACUGCAAGGUGGUUUGUGCUUGACGCUCAAACAGCAGACCUUGUGUCCGUCCACACGGAUGGCAAUGAGAUCAUUUCCAACGUCAAAUACUCGCCAGGUAGGCAGGAAGGGUUACAAUUAGGUUUUGUAAUUCUGAUAUACAGUUGAUCCUGUCUAAUGGAGUAAGAGUGAAACUGGAAUGAGAAGACGCUCCCCUACGUGUUAACUUAUUGCAAACAACGUUUCCGUUACAAGAAUG